AUGAAAGGAGUAUUUUGUGAAAGCGGUGGGGGUGAGUGUUGUAGUUUUACGAGGUCAUUUCUUUCCACGGUACAACAUCAAUUAGCCGUGCAGUGCUGCCGUGUUCUUGCCCAGCUGACAGCGAGUACGGGUAAGUCUUUUCUUGAGGUUGCGAGGCGUGGCCGUAGUCCACAGCGCCAUGGUGUGACAACACGUGAUGCCGCAGAAGAUCCUUCGGGACGACGUGACGAACUUGGCAUGCAUCUUGCUGUAUAUCGUUCCGUACGUAGUGCCGUAGCGGCCUCAUGUGCCCUUGGCCACCGCUCGUGUCACAUGUUGUGGGGGCCACGGGGCUGUGGCGCGCACCGUCUGCUAAGAUUGGUUGCUCAAGACUGUAUGGAGGGAAACAAUACGUUUGUUUUGUACCUAGACGGUGACGUUCUUAAUAGCGACGAAGAUGCCCUUCGAUCUAUUGGGCAACAGAUGCUCACUUUCUUGAGGAGCUCAAACUCAAAAAGCUUACGGUCUGCUGAUACUUCUUUCAGUAAGGGCACGUUUGAUUUUGGAAGUUUGUUUGGUUUUAGCAAGUUGAUGGCGCUGGACAAAAUAUCUGAAGGAGCUGUGCAGACUGACGCCGAAUGCCCCUCGCGUACGAAACAAGGCUCCUGUGUUACGAAGGAUUUAAAGGUAAGCGGACAUGAAAAAGAUGGUAAAGUUGGCCGAAAGAGACCACGGUUAGCUGUGCCCGAUGAGUUGCUUGAUGAUGGAAGUGCAAGUGAAGAUGAUGAUGCAUUUCAUGUGACAUCGACGACCGCCUACGCCAUGGGGGGGGCGUCGAGUGCUCUCGCAGCACUUCAGCGUGCCCUUCUGCUAAUGAGAACACACGGAACCAAUCUCAUUGUUUGCAUUCGUCGCGUUGAGCGUUUUGGAGUAUGGUGCGAUCAACUGCUUUAUGUGCUUUCUGGCCUUAUGCACGAAAGUGAUGGUCAAGGGGGAGGAAUGUCUCUUGUGAUGACAUCGUCAACACCAGACAUUCGGCAGCUUGAGAAGCGCUUGUCAAGUAGACUAACGUGUGAGGCACGUUGUAUCCCCUUGCUUCCAUGGAGCGUUAGUUGCGUCGCCCGUGCGUGUCUAGUGGAAGUGAAAGAGCGACUUGAACUGAAGGUGAAUACUGUGAAGGCAAGAAAUACGAAGAGAGGAAGAUUGAAAAAAGUGAGAUCUGUGACUGAUUCGGGUGCUUCAGGGUGCACCACUUCACAUUCGUUUACCGGGUGGCGUUUUGAUGCCGUCAGCGCAGGCGUGGCGCAGGAUCAGAGCCCGGAAGGAGAAGUCAACGGUUACCUAACUCCACCGGAGGUGAUGUUGCUGGAAGCAGCCAUGCUUGAGAUGUCCGGAUAUGUUCUCACAGAGUUGUCUGCUGUUGCACGUUCUCCGCAACAAUCUGUGAGUGACGUUCAUUUCGCUCAGCGUAUCAUGGUGCUAUCUGGGCAACUGAGAAGCGUUGGUGCGACGGCGGGAAGAGUAAUGACUGCCGUUUCUGCUGUCUUUGGGGAAGUGUGUUCAGGGGAAAUUCCUCUCCUUAGCAGUGCCAGUUGUGGUAAACUUUUGUCGUGGUUUGAGAGAACUUCGCCGAAACUGAAAGUUGCGCAAAAUAUCCGUAGUGCCGUCUUUAGUGUUGCGCCAGAGGCAGUGAAGUCAUUGUGGCGUGGUGAAUUUACCAAUGCGAAUCGGAAAAGCGCAGGGUCGGUGAAACCUCUCAGGAAUUACGCGCUUUUAGUUGGUGAUAUGCUUUCCGAAUGCAAACUCGUUGAACUGGGUUACUGUACCCGGGAAAUGUUUUUACUUCUUACGUACGUAUACCUCCGCCAUGAGGCUGGUGUAGUGCGUACCGUCGUUGACUUGCUGGAGGAUGUUGCCUCGUCCAUGGGAACACAUGCUGCUGCUGCACUUGACCGUGCAGCAUUCACCGCAGCUGUCGGGUUGCUUAACCGUUGGCGAAUUGUUCGUGUCGGCGGUCGAGAUGGCUCGACGGCAGUUUCGUUGAGGGGUAGCCCAGCCAGACUUCGAGAGUUUCUUCAGGAGGUGUUACAUCGCUCAGAGUACUGCAACGAAACCCUCGGUUUGGAUACCAAGGAGGUGGCGCGAUUACGCAGCCUCGUGUGA